UGCUCCUUACAUCGCUUUGAGAAAAGAGGUAUUGAAGAAGCCGCAGCUACAGCCCUCCUUCCUCCCCUCCACACCUGCACCCAGGAAAGCGAACAAGUAGCUUGAACACAAUGGCUUACGCAGCGAUGAAAACAAACAAGCCAGGGCUGGAGGAGCCUCAGGAGCAGAUCCAUAAGAUCAGGAUCACUCUCUCUUCCAAGAACGUGAAGAACCUCGAGAAAGUGUGCACUGAUCUUGUUCGUGGUGCAAAGGACAAGAGGCUCAGGGUUAAGGGACCCGUGAGAAUGCCAACCAAGGUUCUGCACAUUACCACCAGGAAGGCUCCUUGUGGUGAAGGUACCAACACAUGGGACAGAUUUGAGUUGCGUGUCCACAAGAGGGUUAUUGACCUCUUUAGCUCUCCUGAUGUGGUCAAGCAAAUUACAUCCAUUACAAUUGAACCUGGUGUGGAAGUGGAGGUCACAAUUGCCGACUCUUAAACUGGACCAGUUUUCCGCAUAGCCUUCCCAAUUAGUUGGACAAUGAGCUUGUUUUUUCUGUUCUAAUUUUGAAUUUAAAGAUGUAGUAGUGUCGUUUGCAAUUUCUUGACCCUGAUGUUUUGAUAUGGAUAUGUACGUCAGUGCAUAUUUUGAUAUUGAAUAGAAGUACGCUUUGCCAAAUGCUUUA